AUGGGGCCAAUGGAAGGAGCCAAUACUGAGGGGAACCAGUCAAGCCUAACUAGAAUGGAACUAUAUGCCAGAAUGAACUUGCUGGGCUUCACCAUACCCUACAGUGAUCUUCCCACUGGCUCAGAACGAGGGUUGAAGGACAGCACCAAGAUGGUGGAGGUGCAGAUCAUCCUCAUCUGUGCCUACUCAACUAUUAUCUUGCUAGGGCUGUUGGGCAACACCUUGGUGAUUCAUGUAGUGAUCAAGUUCAAGAGCAUGCGCACUGUGACUAACUUCUUCAUCGCCAACUUGGCUGUGGCUGACCUACUGGUGAACACCCUCUGCCUGCCUUUUACCUUAAUUUAUACAUUGCAGGGAGAAUGGAAGCUCGGUCCCGUACUGUGUCACUUGGUGCCUUAUGCCCAAGGCCUUGCGGUGCAAGUCUCUGUAGUUACUUUGACUGUGAUAGCCUUGGAUCGGCACCGCUGCAUCGUGUAUCACUUGGACAGCAAAAUCUCUAAGCAAAUCAGCUUUCUUAUCAUCGGGGUGGUCUGGGCUGGCAGUGCUGUGUUAGCCAGUCCCUUGGCCAUCUUCCGGGAGUAUUUCUCCAUUGAUAUCAGUCAGGAUGUCAAGAUGGUGGUCUGUGCUGAAAGCUGGCAGAGAGAAGGGAAAGUGAAUUAUGGCACCAUCUACAGUGUCUCAAUGCUCCUGAUCCAAUAUGUUUUGCCUCUGGUGAUCAUCAGCUAUGCCUAUAUCCGCAUCUGGAGUAAGCUAAAGAAUCAUGUCAGUCCUGGAGCAGGGAACGAUCACUACCAUCAGAGACGUCAGAAGACCACCAAGAUGCUGGUCUGUGUUGUGCUGGUGUUUGCGCUCUGCUGGUUGCCUUUUCACAUCUUUCAGCUUGUCAGCGACAUUUACAGUAAAGUGUUGGAUCUUGCUGAGUACAAACUGAUCUACACGCUCUUUCAUGUCAUCGCAAUGUGCUCGACUUUUGCCAAUCCCAUCCUCUAUGGCUGGAUGAACACCAACUACAGAACAGUUUUCCUGACAGCUUUCCAGUGUGAACAGCGGAUGGAUUCCAUCCACCCUGAAGCGUCCCCCGCACUUAAAACCAAGAAGAAUCUGGAAGCGAAAGACAAGCAUUGCAACGGGUCCUCGUUGUCACAGCCUACUAAUGUCUGA